GUGCUGAUGAAUUGAGGCUGUCAAAUGGAACUGGCCCCUGCUCUGGGAGAGUGGAAGUAAAACAUGAGGAGCAGUGGGGAACUGUGUGUGAUGGUGACUGGACCAUACAAGAUGCUGAGGUUGUUUGUAAGCAACUACGAUGCGGAUCUGCUGUUCAAGCCCUUAAUCGAGCUCCUUUUGGAGAAGGAUCUGGACCAACGUGGUUGUAUCGAGUUGAUUGCCGUGGUGAUGAAUACACUCUCUGGAACUGCUCACAUACAGGAUGGGGUGCUUUUACCUGCCCUCAUUACUUUGACACUGGAGUGAUCUGCUCAGGUUUCUCUGGGCUGCAUCUGACUGGAGGGGACACUGCCUGCUCAGGACAUCUGAAAGUAAAGCAAGAAGAAACUUGGGUUACGGUCUGUUUUUCACAUAUUGAUUUCAAAACUGCCUCUGUUAUAUGUAAUGAGUUACAGUGUGGCCAAGCUGUGGAUAUCUUGAGAGGAACCCACUUUGGAGACAGACAUGAACCGAUCUGGCAAGAAGAGUUUCACUGUGUAGGGUAUGAGACUCACCUUGCACACUGUCCCAGAAUGCUGCACCAUAGUAAGACAUGCUCUCAUGAUGCCACUGUUGUAUGUUCAGGUGAGACUUUGGACUUGAUGGAUGUAAUUUGCAUGUGUCCUAUAUGUCUUCUUCCUGUCAACCCACAACCUUUGUAUAUUUCUGUGGUCCUCAGAGUUCUUGGGUGCUUCCCCUAUCACGCCUUGAGCCAUCCAGGGAAGGCUAGGAAUGCUGAGAAUUCCUUCCAUGCCUUUCUCGUAUACAUGAAAGGCUAUGGUGGGUACAGGCUGGCAAAUGGCAGUACCACAUGUUCAGGGAGAGUAGAGCUUCUUCAUGGAGGCACAUGGGGAACCCUGUGUGACUACCUGUGGGAUUUAUCAGCUGCCAAUGCCCUCUGCCAGCAGCUGGACUGUGGAGUUGCCCUACUGAUACCAGGUGGACAGUCCCUCGAGAAAGGAAAUGGAUCUAUCUGGAAUGGCACAUUCAGCUGCAAGAAGAAUGGCUCACGCCUGAGAGACUGUCCUGUGAGUAUGCUAGGUCAUGAUGAAUGCCCUGCUGGAAAAGACGCUCGUGUGGUAUGUUCAGGGUGCCCAGGGGGCAGGCUGGUGAAUGGCACCACAUGCUCUGGCAGAGUGGAGAUCCAACAUGGAGACACAUGGGGAAGACUCUGCCGCUCCCACUGGAAUUUGCAAGCUGCCAGUGUUCUCUGUCACCAGCUGAACUGUGGCUAUGCAAAAUCAAUCCAGACAGGAGACCAUUUUGUGGAUGGGAAUGGGCCAGUAUGGAGAGAUGCUUUUCACUGUGAAGGGACAGAAUCCUGCCUGUGGGAUUGUGUUCAAGUGACUUUGGGAAAUCCAACCUGUUCAGCCAGAGAAGCAGCCACUGUUAUUUGCUCAGGUCUUGCUGAAUCACUCAGACUCUCAGGUGGUGAGAGCCGCUGUGAUGGGCGAGUUGAGAUCUCUCUCCAUGGCAUGUGGAGCAGAGUCCUGGAUGAUGACUGGGACAUUAAGGAUGGUCAUGUGGUAUGCAGACAGCUCCAGUGUGGAAUUGCUGAGAAAGCCUAUUACCUUCCAAGGUCUGAGCGAGGCAUGGGUCUUGUGGGCUUAAGAAGUGUCCAGUGUGCUGGAAAUGAGACUCAGCUGAUGCUCUGUAAGACCUCCCAUUCUCAGAGAGUGCCAACAGGAGUUGCUGAAGAUGUUGGUGUGAUUUGCUCAGGUAGCAGACAGAUCAGGCUGGUGAAUGGAACAAAGCGCUGUGCUGGGAGAGUUGAGCUUUAUCAUGGUGGCAUCUGGGGCACCAUCUGUGAUGAUAACUGGGAUCUAUCAGAUGCUAAUGUAGUUUGCAAGCAGCUGGGAUGUGGACAUGCCAUCAAGGCAUUUGUCUCUGCUCAUUAUGGCGAAGGCUCAGGACAGAUCUGGCUGGAUGAUGUGAACUGCACUGGGGCUGAAUCUGAUCUCUGGGCAUGUCCCUCUAGGGCAUGGGGCCAGCACAACUGCCAACACAAAGAGGAUGCUGGAGUCCUGUGCUCAGAGUUCCUGGCUCUGAGGCUCGUGAAUGGCAAUGACUGUGCUGGGAGGCUAGAAGUUUUCUACAAUGGGACAUGGGGAAGCAUUUGCUCCAAUCAUAUGUCUCAACUUACUGCAAUAACGGUGUGCAAACACCUGAACUGUGGAGAUGUUGGGGAAAUCGCAAGAGACUUCAAAUAUGGCAGAGGUUCUGGGCCCACAUGGCUGGACCACAUUGAGUGCACUGAGCAACAUAGCUCUCUCUGGCAAUGUCAGUCAGACCCCUGGGAUCCUCAGUCAUGUGAUAACCGAGCAGAAGAGACCCACAUUUCUUGCACUGACAGGGAGAAGUUACGAGUCAUAGGAGCAGAGGAUGGAUGUUCAGGCAGAGUGGAGAUUUGGCACCAAGGUUCAUGGGGAACAGUCUGUGAUGAUUCCUGGGAUGUGGCAGAUGCUAACGUUGUAUGCAGGCAGCUGGGCUGUGGAUCUGCUCUGUCUGCUCUGAGUGAAGCUGCCUUUGGGGAAGGGACUGGUCCCAUCUGGUUGCAGAAGGUGCACUGUAAAGGAACAGAGCUGUCUCUUUGGGACUGUCCUGCUAAGCCCUUGUUCGGCAAAAAUUGUGAUCAUAAGGAAGACGCUGCUGUGGCUUGCUCUGGUUAG